GCUGGUAAUUUACAUUGCUUCAGUAAUAGCCAGGAUCGGCAAUCCACAGAGGAAACUACAUUAUUACUCGUUCCGAUCACCUCGGCCUCGCAGAUUUCGAACACGUCGAAUCCGAAUACCAUACUCUUAUCAUCACAAAAAUCUAUGAAAUCUGAUGAUUAUCGCUACUACAUUAGUACAGAGGACUAUAGAAUAACGCAAAAUUGGAAGAGGGCUUUAGAGAUGCAAAUUGACGACUGUGGUGGGUACUUAUUUGUCUUGCCUUGAAAAGCACUUUUAGCAAUCUGGGGUGAAUUUGCCUAUCGACCGACACAACUUGUAAUCGAGAAGCCAGUUGAUCCUGUUAAGGAAACACUGAGUCGUGCUGCCGGAGCCCGCCUCUACGAUAAAAUUAGCAUCGCUGGUACGAUAUCUUGUGAUAGGGAUUUAUUGAACUAUACGCCCUCCUGCUGUAUGACAGAUGGGAAUUAUCUAGCAGGACCACCUAAGAAAACUAAACACAGACCAACUCUUCUAGAUCUCUUCCAGAGCAAGCCUUCCUCACCCACCCCAUCGAAUCGCGGUCGAUCCCCUAAUGGAGCGAUUCACAAAUGUAUUAUCGAGCUAGACGAUGAUGAUGGUUUUGGAAGAAUCAAAUCAGAUAAAGAAUCGCCAAGCACCUCUCUGGCAAGAACGAGUACAAGUAGAUCUAUCUUCUACGAUCACUGCCCACACAAUGGCUAUGAUGGUAGCCAAAAGGAAAUAUGGGGUGCCUGUGGACACUCCAUAUGCGCUAAAGGUCAGUCCGGGAAGGAGGCGGAUCGUCUAUAG